CUUUAUUCCUAGCCCCGCUCUUCACCCGCAAUUUCUCUCUCUCAAACCCCAAAUCCGCCCACGAGCCCUUCGCUUCUUCUUCUUCCCCAAAUCCCAAACCCCAAAACCCCUACCCAAAGAAAGAUUUACGAUUCAUUUGUUUUUCAGAUUUUGAAGAACACAAGAGAGGAAAGAAGAAGAAGAAGAAGAAGAAGAAGAAGAAGAAGAGGUAAAGGGGGAUGAUGGAUUCGGAUCAGGGAAAGUUGUUCAUUGGAGGGAUAUCAUGGGACACAAGCGAGGAAAAGUUAGGGGAAUACUUUGGCCAAUACGGAAACGUUUUGCAGACCGUGGUUAUGAGAGAUAAGGUUACCGGAAGACCCCGGGGGUUUGGAUUCGUUGUCUUCUCAGAUCCGUCCGUUCUCGAUACUGUUCUUCAAGAAAAACACACCAUCGAUGGUAGAACGGUUGAGGCAAAGAGGGCGUUAUCAAGAGAGGAGCAGCAAACAUCUGCUAGAUCUGGAAAUCUUAAUCAGGGUAGAAAUUCUGGAAGUGGUGGAAAUAUUAGGACCAAGAAGAUUUUUGUUGGAGGGUUGCCCCCUACCUUAACAGAAGAUGGGUUUCGCCAAUACUUUGAGGCAUAUGGUCAUGUAAUUGAUGUAGUAAUCAUGUAUGACCAGAAUACUCAGCGGCCUCGUGGAUUUGGUUUUAUCUCCUUUGACACUGAAGAUGCAGUUGAUAGGGUUUUGCACAAGAGUUUUCAUGAUUUGAAUGGCAAGCAAGUUGAAGUGAAGCGAGCCCUCCCUAAAGACGCCAAUCCUGGUGGGCUUAGCCGAACUAUGAGUGGUGGUGCUGGUGGUGGUGGAGGUUACCAGGGCUAUGGGGCUUCUGGUGGGAACGCGAGUUCUUAUGAUGGUCGCAUGGACUCCAAUAGGUACAUGCAGCCCCAGAGUACUGGAGCUGGCUUUCCACCUUAUGGCUCGUCGGGAUAUAGCGCACCUGGUUAUGGUUAUGGUCCGGCUAAUAAUGGUGUUGGUUAUGCUGGUUAUGGCAAUUACGGUGGUGCAGGUGCUGGUUAUGGUGGCCCUGCAGGUGCAGCUUAUGGGAACCCCAAUGCUGGUUUUGCAGGUGGCCCACCUGGUGCCCCUAGAAGUUCAUGGGGUACUCAAACUCCUUCUGGUUAUGGUACUAUGGGUUAUGGGAGCGCUGCUCCUUGGGGUGCCCCAGGUGGUGGUGCUGGUAGUGGUGGUCCAGGUUCAGCAGGUACUGGCCAAUCUCCCACUGGAGCUGCCGGGUACGGGAGUCAAGGUUAUGGAUAUGGUGGGUAUGGUGGAAAUGAUGGAUCUUAUGGGAAUACUGGGUAUGGGGCUGUUGGAGGUCGUUCCGGUGGUACUCCAAAUAGUAAUGCUUCUGGUCCAGGUGGAGGAGAUCUACAAGGGAGUGGUGGUGGCUACAUGGGAAGUGGAUAUAGUGAUGCAAAUGGAAAUUCAGGUUACGGAAAUGCAUCAUGGAGGUCUGAUUCAUCACAAGGUUCUGGAAGUUAUGGGGGCACGCAGGCAAAUGGGCCUCAUGGUGGCCAAGCCGGUUAUGGUGCAGCAAUGGGAGAGGCUCAAUUUGGAUGUCAAAUCACCUUGGGACCGGAGGAGAGAUGCUCGAGAGUUCAAAGGUGGAGUGAAAGUGUCCACUCAUGGCUGAACCCGAGCUUCAUGGUGGGGGUUGUUCAGUGUGGGGUUUGUUCAGCAGAGGAUUGCUCAGUUGAAAUUUUGAUUAACCUGAGAGAGGCCCUUCCCCAUCCAGGUGCUGCCGACUCUGCAAAUUCCUGGCUUUUGAAGUCAAAAAGGUUCCUGAUCUUCAUUCGGGAUUCUGUGGGGGAUUUAUUCAACAUGGAAUUGAAUUUUUGAAGCAAACAACCUGGGGUAUGUUGACACAAAGCUGGUAGCCAGAUCAAGAUUUCAUUGUUCCCUAAUUAUCUAGGUGUGCCUUUUGAUUCUUUGGAGUAGAUCUUACUGUGUGAUUUCUGAUUUUUUGAUAGAGAGCAUCAGAAAAGUAUGUCCUUAAAAGUUCCCUUUAGUUUUGGAAUGAAUUAUUUGCCGAACAUUUGAUGCUGGGGCCCUUCAUUCUCCCCUUCUACAGGCAAAUAGGUUAAAUUCUUCUGAAUGGUAUUCGGUGGUAGUA